GUUCAUUGCACAACCUCUCACGACACUCCGCGACAUAUUUAUAAAAAGCUUCAUCUUUUGUCACUGGUAUCCUAUAAUCUCAUUGGUUUUCUUUUCCUCUACACAUCAUGCCUUCUUUUCUCCAGACUGCCAUUCUCGCUUUAACAGCAGUUUCGAUGGCCCACGCGGCUAUUGUUAUCAAAACCCCCUGGGAAGAAACGACUUGGCGAGCAAACCAACCCGCUAACCUUGCAUGGGUCUCCAAUGCCACUGAUUUUGGCACUGUAUGCGACAUCCAGCUGUUGACCGGCAGCGAUGCCCAUGCCCACGUUAUUGCUAAUUUGACCGCGGCCGAUAAACCUAUCCCGUGCUCUGUGAACCAAUACACCACUUCUCCACUUCAAACCUACGAUACCGGCGACUACUUUGUGCGCAUCGGGCAAGCCGCUAAGGACAACUGGUCGUAUUCCGGCACGUUCCGUUAUAUCGGCAAAGGCGCCUUCCCCAUGGGCGCCAACAGCACCAUGGGAUCUUCCGCCGGCUCGACAACCUCCGCCAACCCCAGUACUAAAACGGCUGCUUCCAGUGUCACCAGCCAAGCCAAUGCUUCAACUCCGAAAGCAUCCUCUUUAUCUGAGGUGUCAAGCGAUGGUGCCAGCACUGCGGAUGCCGCUUCUGAGAGUUCGGCCGAAGAUCUUUAGAUAACCAUUCUUAUCAUUGGUACCAGAGACACAAAGAGCAUUUUUUUAUGAAAUAAAGAAGAAAACUUCUAAAACAAUUUAUAAC